GUCCAAUCACAUCGAGACAGCAAACGGCCACGAAGCUGGGCCAGCCUCUCUUCGUGAUUAUCCCCAAAGAUCUUCACCUCAAUCAAGAACUAUCUCGACGCAACCUCGAACUUCGCACCCAAACCAGCGGGUCAGCACUCGAGACUUGAUCUGACUUACAAAUAGAGACGUUUGCUACAACAAAUCGGUGAACAUAAGGAGUCGUCUGCUGAAGGCAGCUGGAUUCGUUCAGCAACGUCCAGCGUCAAUGAGCGACUUCCCAGCUCUUGGAAACCAUGGUUCUUGACCCUCUUUCUGCAAUCUCGCUCGCGGGAAGCAUUGUCCAGUUCGUCGAGUUUGCCGGUAAGGUGGUCUCGAAGGGCAGUCAGAUCCGAUCAAACGGCGCUGCGACUGAGAACCUGGAGCUGGAAGAUGCGACUGAGAAGCUGCUUGGGAUUAUAUCGAGGUUGAAGCAGCAGGUGGUAAUUUCACCGAAGUCAAGAUGCUUGACCGAAGACGAACAAAUGCUUGAAGCUCUGACCAACAACUGCAUUGAUGCUGGCAAGGCAUUAAUCGACAGACUGCAAGAGUUGAAGGUUCCAGCUAGCGUCAAGUGCCGAAAGUGGGAGAGCUUGCGUUAAGGACUGAAAACCGUAUGGGACAAGAGGUAUCUCGAAGGUUUUGCAGCCAAAUUGGCUGAAUUUAGAAGUCAGCUGGAAGUGGGUAUCUUGUUGACUCUCAAGUAGGUUGAAGUUGCUCUUAUUGA